ACAACGUGCUCCGCAAUUUUCAAUUCAAGUUCAAAUACGCAAGUUCGUUGCAGUGGAAAUAAAAUGACAACAGAAACGGUUAUAGACGAGUUAUAUAACUUCAUAUACCCGGUAGCAGUUAGAGCCGGAGAGCUGUUGCUCGAGGGGUAUGAGAAAGCUUCUAAAAAUGUAUCCAUAAAGGGUGCAUUCUAUGAUGUGGUCACUGACUAUGACAACAAGAUCGAAGAGCAUAUCAUGGGUAGGAUAUUGUCAAGAUAUCCGGAACAUAAGUUCAUAGGUGAAGAGGACACUGCCAAGAAUAAUAAUGUUUCGAAAGAGCUGACAGAUGCGCCCACUUGGAUCAUUGAUCCCAUAGAUGGCACCUCGAACUUUAUCAAGCAAAUCCCACAUGUUUGUGUAUCCAUUGGUCUGGCUAUAAACAAGCAAAUAGUUUUGGGCCUUAUUAAUAACCCCGUUCAGAAGAAAAUGUACACUGCCAAGCUAAAUCAGGGUGCCUUCUGCAAUGGAGAGCGGAUACAUGUGAGCGACUGCAAGCGGAUGAACGACGCUAAUGUUGCGUAUGAAGUAUCUCUCCUGCAUGUGGAAAAGGUGCGGAACAAGCACAUCAAACGCAUAUACUAUGUGGGUGCACAGGCCAGACGCUUAUUGUCUUACUCCAGCGUUGUUGAAGACCUGAGCUUGGUAGCUGCCGGUAAUCUUGAUGCGUUCUAUAUCGAGGACAUGUAUCCCUGGGAUUGUGCCGCCGGCUCUUUGCUAAUAUCUGAGGCUGGUGGCGUCAUAACGCAUCCCUCAGGGGAACCCUUUGACGUCAUGAAAGCUGAUCUUAUAUGUGCGAGCACUGAAAAUUUGCGAAAGGAGCUUGAAGACCUGCUGCGCCAAGCAGAUCUAGCAAAAGCUGUGGGCGGCGAAGAAUCAUAACAACUUUUGUUGAGCCUUUCUUUUGUUGAUCACGAUCGAAGCAAUAACAAGAAGACACUUAAAUACCCUUUACACGGCCUACUUGAAAAUCUUUUUUUUUUAUAGGUACAAGUAUAUGCAGUAAGAAAUCGAUUUUCAUCAAAUUAAUAUUA